GAAGCUGGCAGGGGUCACAAGAUAGAGAACUGUAGGGAGGCUGAAAUCCGAGCAGCCUCUGCAGGUUGCGGGAAGCACUAAAACUAAAAGUUAACUGUGUGGUGUCGAUACGGCCACCGUAGUUGGGCUACGGACGCCCGCAGAGGACAAAAUACCACGCGAUUUUCUGAUUUCUGUGCUUCGUUCAGGAAGUUCUGUGCUAGGCUCUACGAUUAGGUUCAAGGUAGAGAAAGGGUAGGGUUAGAGGGAAGGAUAAAACGAUGUCCUCUGAAAGGUGACAGUUGAGGACCUACCUGGAGACUAUUGGGGCGGGCCCGUGGUUCCCCUGCCAUGAGCAACCUAGUGCGGACCGAGCAGCUGCGCGGGGCGCCUCCUCUGCUGGUGCCUGGCGACCUGUACUCCGUGGUGGUUCUGCUGCGAGGCUACGCGGAGCCAGAGGAGGUGGGCGAUGCCGUGCGCGCGGACGGCUCCGUGACCCUCGUGCUGCCUCAGGCCUGGGGCCGGGGCUCUAGUCACCAAGAGUCCUCGCCCGAGGCCGGCAGCGCGGAGACCGCCCUGGAAGAGGCGGCCCGUGGCCCCAUCCUCGUGGAUACUGGGGGCCCCUGGGCUCGGGAGGAGCUGCUGGGCGCCCUGGCGGGGCAAGGGGUGGGCCCCGGAGACGUGACUUUGGUGGUGGGGACCCACGGGCACUCGGAUCAUAUCGGAAAUCUGGGGCUGUUUCCGGGGGCUGCUCUGCUGGUCUCGCACGACUUCUGCCUGCCAGGGGGCCGCUACCUGCCCCACGGACUGACUGAGGGGCGGCCCCUGCGCCUAGGACCUGGGCUCGAGGUGUGGGCCACGCCGGGCCACGGAGGCCAGCGGGACGUGAGCGUAGUGGUGAAGGGCACGGCCCUGGGCACCGUUGUGGUGGCUGGAGAUGUGUUUGAGCGUGACGGGGAUGAGGACUCGUGGCAGGCGCUGAGUGAAGACCCAGUGGCUCAGGAGCGGAGUCGGAAGAGGGUCCUGGGCACCGCCGACGUGGUGGUGCCUGGUCACGGAGCCCCCUUUCUAGUGGUCAGGGAAGCCUCUCAACCAGAAAGAAAGAGUUGUGGAAACAGCAGCCAGGAACCGGAGGGCGGAGAGGACGAGUCUACACUUCAUGGAUGAGACCCAGAGACCUGAUCAGCCAGAAUCGGAGCAGGCAAGGCCAGUCACUUCCAGUCUUCCAGGAGACCGAUUUUCCAUUCAGGGCACUGGAAUAUCACUGUGGAUAUCACUCUCUGCCUAUCUCUGCAGCCAAACUACAUGUGUGAAUCCUCGGCAGGCCUCUGGAAAAUGCAAGAAUGUUCUUGUGAGGGUCCUCCAAAGUGAAAGUAGAAGCUCCCUGAAUGUAAAAAGAAACAUUAAUAAUGAUAACCAUACAACAAGGGA